AUGGCGGAGCGCAUCCUCAUGAACGAAUUCAAGACCCUUCUCAAAGAGAAGUGGGUUAACGUUCAGUUGCACGAUGACGACAUCUUCAACUGGGAUGUUGCCCUGAUCGUGAUCAACCCGGACUCGAUGUACUACGGCGGCUACUUCAAAGCCGCAAUGUCAUUCCCCUCCAACUAUCCGUAUGCCCCACCAAAGUUCCGCUUCCUGCAGCCCAUCAACCACCCGAACAUCUACACCAAUGGCAAACUAUGCAUAUCCAUCCUCCACGCGCCCGGCGAAGAUGAAAUGUCCGGCGAGCUUGCCUCAGAGCGCUGGUCUCCCGCUCAGCGCGUCGAGUCGGUCCUGAUCUCCAUCAUCUCUCUGCUUGACGAUGCCGAGACUUCCUCCCCCGCGAACGUCGACGCUGCCGUCUUGCUCCGCAAAGACCCAGAAGCCUACCGCCAGCUUGUCAAGGCCGAUGUCGAGAAGUCUAAGCUCGAUAUUCCCGCCGGCUUCGAGAUGCCAACACAUGAUACUCCCGUCCGUGAGCCCGUGGAGAAGGAAGACGAUGACUUCUGGGCCGAUAGCGAUGCCGACAGCGGCGUGUUCGGUGGCAGUGACUCUGAGGAUGAACUCGUCAUGGAACAGUCCAGCGGCAGUGAUAUGGAGGAGGACGAGGAUGAGUCGGCCGACGAUGAUUCCACGGAGACAAAGAAGGUGUGA